AAAAGGCUUUGGCUUUCUUUCUGCCAAUUUCACAGGCUUUUAGACUUUUCACCCUUUAUUUACACAAAACCCUUUUCAAGGGUUCUCUCUCUUUCUCUUUUUCUCUCUCUUUCUGUUUCUGUUUCUUUUCUUUUCUUUUCUUUUCCUAUCUUCUGCCGCUUUACUAUAACCCAGCAGGGGGAGCCAUUUCAGUCUAAAAGCUUGUUCACCUGAAAAAAAGCUAUGUCAGGUUUGUAUAAUCCCAACUUUUCACCUGCUAGAGCUGCUUCUCCUCAGAUUAGAAGUACCCCUGAUGUUGACAGCAAUCAGUACUUGUCAGAGCUAUUGGCGGAGCAUCAAAAGCUUGGACCUUUCAUGCAAGUUCUUCCCAUAUGUAGCAGACUCUUGAAUCAAGAGAUUUUAAGGGUUUCCGGAAUGUUGCCAAACCAAGGAUUUGGUGAACUUGACAGAUUGCGACAUAGAAGUCCCAGUCCGAUGGGUUCAGCAAACCUUAUGUCUAAUGUUUCUGGAGCAGGAUUGGCUGGUUGGAAUGGACUUCCCCAGGAGAGGUUAAGUGGACCUCCUGGAAUGUCAAUGGACUGGCAAGGGGCCCCAGCAAGUCCUAGUUCGUACACUGUGAAAAGAAUAUUGCGCUUAGAAAUUCCAGUCGACACUUAUCCGAAUUUUAACUUUGUCGGGCGACUUCUGGGUCCCAGAGGAAAUUCAUUGAAACGGGUGGAAGCUACUACAGGAUGUCGUGUUUUUAUUAGAGGAAAAGGGUCAAUAAAAGAUCCGGACAAGGAGGAGAAACUAAGGGGAAGACCAGGAUAUGAGCACCUGAAUGAACCA